AAUAACAGACUACAAAGGGAAACCUGUCUUUAAUUUAGAUUUAACAUAAAUUGUGAAUUCAUAAGAGCACACGAUCAAUUCGUUUUAAUCAAUCCAAUUAUAAGGAACAAUGAAAAGAAAAGCAAUAUGACUGUUACUACACCAUGAAUACAUUUAUAUUAAAUAAAUUAAAAGAACAAUGGUUUUACCCCAGCGAAGAUUUAAAGGAAUCUAUACAAUUUAUAAGAUUGCUAUAGUAAAUUGACCAAAUGAUUGUAAAUAAUAAAACAAUAACUCGGCGUCAAGUGCUAUCUCCGCCUACAGCGCCCACUAUACUUAUUAUGUGAUUAUUGUGAGUGGUCAAGAUUAUCGAGAUGUCUGGGGAGGGCGAACGCGCUUCUCGCCCAAAUUCCUUGUUACUGGAAACGCCUGGACCGGAACGCGAACCGCUUCGAUUCGAUGUACAGCUCGUGGGAGCGCCUCCAGAAGUUGAGCAGCUAGUUAAUAACAUCAAACAAGUUUCAGAAGACUUUCUCUAUCACUGGAAAACUUUUCCAAUUGUUUUACCACCAUCAAGAUUCACUGGCCCAGACAAUCGACCAUCGGAUAUUAUAAUUGCACCUCCCUGUGAUGAGUUGGAUGCCGCAGCACUUGAUGCUGGCAUUGAACCACAUCCCUUGACACCAAAACAACUACAUGCAAUCAGAGAAAAAGGUGAGUUCGAAGUACCAUCGCGUCACUUCCCCGGCCAGACCCACGUGUGGAGAGUGGCGGGAUGGCUCCAAAGAGGCCGUGCUCGUGCUAAGGAGGAACUCUACUGUCAUGUCGCAAGAGCGGUGGCACUUAUCGUGGUCGUAUCAAGAGACAGACUGCUGAGAGACGAGCCGCUAUCUUUGAUAGCCGGUGGUAAAGCCUUCAUGGAAGGAUUACAACGAUUAAUCGAUCUAAUAUUUGGUCUGCCGUCUUUGGAGGCUCGCGAUCUUGAAAAGAAAAUACGCGAGGAAAGAUCACGUUAUUUGGUAGCUGAGUUAAUAUGUAAGAACGAAAACCAAGAGGACAUAGCAGCUUUAGCGGCGUGGGUGUCGCGGGCCAUGAGAAGGGCGGCUUCUGAGAAGACGGACGGUCGGGAACCGCGGGCCAUACCACGUGUACCUUACAUAUAUACGACACCGCAGAGGACACAGGUCGAUCUCCGUCUAUACAAACGUGAUCUCCUCCGUCGCGCCGCGUCCUCCCUACAGACCAUACUAGAACGGGAGUCGAGAGGAUGGUUCUUACACUUCCGUGAACGUAAAGCAGCUCUGCUCGCCAGUCAGAAGAUGCCCAUAAAGGAUAUUGAGGAGGAGGUGAGCACGGCGGCCAUGAAGGAGUACGUUAGUCGUGUGUGUAAUGCUGUGCUCAGCUGCGAACAAUUGGCGGCCCUUGGACCUCUGGUGCCCGAAUUACUCGCAGCACAAUUAAAAGCCGCUGUUAUUGUUAACAGAGCAGAAGAAGGAGUACGUCGCAAGCUGGAGGCCGGCCUGUCUAGUGCCGAGGCUCGCAUCAUAGCGGCACAUCCCAUACUGUCACGUGCCGACACUUGGAAGAAGGAGAAGCUAGCGGCCGCCGCCCACGGACUAAGGAACGAACUGCGCUGGACGGCGAUGGAAGACGCGGCAAAUGCUAUGCAGGUCCACAAACUGCAUCAGCACAGAUAUUUCCUGCUGAGGGACUUGGCUUUCCUCAAGGACAGGGAACCAUUGCUUAUGAAGGAGCUUCGUGCAGCUAAAACUCCUACUCGAGAGUUCACCUGGGCUACCCGUAUCUGGUUUCCGGAUAACUGGACCAUCAUACGUCACUUCCGGGGUCGAUCAGAGCGGAUACCAACCGUCAUCAGUGGCAGAGCUACCAACAUAGUGACCCCCCGGUCGGACCCGUCCCAGCCUGUAUUCCUCGCUGAUCGCGAGAAAAUACGGACUACUACAACAAGGUGGCCAUUUUGGAGAUUGCUCAAUCUUGCUCACAGGAGCUGGUGUUGGACGUGGAACAUGAUGUUUGUGCUGGGAGUGCUAAUCCCUUGGUGUUCUCCGCUGUCUCUACGGACGCUGCUCUGUGUCAAACCCUUUGUACCGGAUCUAGAGCUGUCUCAGGUAAACGGAACGCUGUUCCCGAAACGUAGCAGUGAAACACAGACCAUGUGGUCGCAACUGCUCAAACUGUGGCGACACGUGUCCAAAGAGAGGACACGCUUUGAGACGGAACCUGAUACGGGACUUCUGGGUAAAGGUAUGAGCAGACAGGCGAAUCGCAUAUGGAACUACGGUGUGAUAGGCGGCUGUGGAUCUCUGGCGCUGCUACUGCUGUUCCCGUUGGUGUCACUGGCGGCCAGCUUACUCUCACUGGCUGUAGCGGCCAGUGUGCCAGUGUGGAUGCCACCGCUGGCCGUGGCAUUACACGCUGUCAAUGCGCUGGUGUUCGAUCUAGAUUGUCCUGAUCCACCGCGGCUUAAUCGUUGGUUCGUGCUGUUCGAGGUGUUGAUAUGGCGUAUUGGGUUGCUGGGUGUGCUGCAGCCGAUUGUGGCGUUUAUUGUGGCUGUCUUCGUGUGUCCGCUGACAGCUCUCAUUAUGCUAGUCUUGUGUGUCAGCUGGUGGUGUUUGCGCGGCGUGUGGGAGGCGGUGUCGUGGCGCGUGUUGUUGGUGCGAGGCGCCCGGGUCCCGGCUCACGACUCGCGGUUCUGUCGCAGAGUCGCCGGACCAGCUCUGCUCACACACGCCUCCUAUCAGAUCACGGCCGCCCAGGCGUUGGCCGCGGUGUGUGCUCGAGGCGAGCUUGAAUCCCUCGCCACGUGGGCGACUGAAGUAGAGGCCGCCAUAGAACGGCCGCUCAGAGACUACGCUCACUUCGUAGACGCCUGCUUCGGACCAUUCUCAGUACAGAUAGCUAAAACGGGUGCUUACAAACAACUUGAAAAGGAAUGCAGUGAACUAGUUUGGUCUUUGAGAGAGAAAGUGGCGACGAGGAAACGCGAACUGUCCCUGGGUCUGAGUGACGCAGCCAGGGCCAGGGUACGGAUGCAGGCGCAGGAUUUGAGGAAAGCUGUCCAUCUAUCAGCGGUGGAACUGUCCCGGGUGUGGGGGGAGGCGGCCUCGAGGAGCGACGACUGGUGGACGGCGCGGGGACUUGAACCCGCGGACUGGCACGCACUCGCCGCCAACAUGCUCGUUGAGGUAUUCGAUGCGGAGAUUCUAGUCGCGUUGGAGGAGGGCGAAGCCCGAGUGUCACUGGAGGCAGGGCCGGGGGCUGCGAGGUGGGGCCGAACCGCACGCGACCACGCACCGCCUGACGUGCUGGCUGAGAGAGACGACUGGGGACCGGCGCCCGGUGUGUGGGGUGAGUGGUCGGGUACUCCGGCCCCCCGGGUGCCUCCGCCCUCGCUGGAGGUGUCCGCGUUCAGUCCCCGGACCCCCGCGCUACCCCCCCUGCCGCCGCCCGCUGCCGUCGCCUUAGUACUGCAUAACAGGGAAUCGGACAAUCCUAUACAAUUGGAUUCAGAGCUCUGUACUGAAAUACUGAAGACUCUAGAAGAUGCGCCCGACUGUGACGACAGACGAGAUGACGUGGAACGUUAUCGAGGCGGUGGCAGCGAGGUCACCAGCGACUCCAGCGGCUCCGACACACCGGACGACGACGGACGGCAAGAACACGCCCCCGAAUGCAGAAUAUCACCGGCCACAGAGCGCGCGGCCUGCAGAUGGACUCUCACAGGGAGAGGAGUCCGUCUGAGGGCAGACCUGGCAAGCCCCGAGGACGUGACCCUGGACACGGACAGGCAUGUCGGAACAUCCGUUUGAACCUUAUUAUAUAACACAUAAGUUCGAAUUUCCUUUGAAUUCAACAUUACAAGAUGAAAAAUUAAUUUUGAUUUCUAAUUCACACACAAUAAGGUCGACUUUAAUUUUUAUUUCAAAUUGAGUCAGUCUUAAAACAAAUAAAAUAUGUAUUAUUCAUUCUAAUAAUAAUAAAAUUAAAUCUCCUCCUAUAUGGACUUCAUCUCACAUGGGACGAAGUCGGUUUUUAUUUGAAUUCUGUAACUCGGAGUCUUUAUACCAAUUUCAAUUCUGCUAUUAUUGCAGUAGAGUUCAAAAUCAAUAACAAAUAAUAAUAAGUCACUUUAUAACCGACUUUAAAUAAUAAUUGUAAGUCGAAAAUAAUAUAGCGCUAGUACAGUACCGGCGAAAUAUAUGGGCUCUCUCCAUAGACGUUAAGAGUAACUAACACAAACGCUUAGCCUUAUUUACUUUAAGCUUUACUAGAUAAUAAUUUGACGUAGAUAUAUACAAUAACACGACCAGAAAUUAUCUAUAUCAGAAUGUUUUAUCUGUAAGAUGUAAGCCUCAUCUAUAUAUAGCUUUAAUGUAAUUAUAUAAGAGAAUUAUAUCGACUCAUUGUGUACACGGAAUGUACUGGAUCUGUCAACCAAAGCUUAGUUAAUUGUUUAUUUAUAAUACUCUUGUUUUUAUCAAAGCGGUCAUGACGUGGAACGAAGAGAAACCUUCAAGAUGUAUUGUAUGUAUUAUUGACAUGAUUAUAAUAGUUUUAUCAGUAAAUGUUUACCCUUUAAUAUGUUCAUUAUUAUACAGCGUGUUCAUUUCUGUUUAAACUUUUUAUCAAUUUGUUCGUAUUCAGUGCACGUGAUGACAACAUUUCGUUGUUUCUCGUUCGUAUAUCAUUAAAUAUAUUUGUAUUACAGACAUAAAACAAAUUUAUGAAUCUCUUGUUUUUAAAAUUAUAUUUAAUUUGUAUAGUAUUUUUUUUUUUAUAUUUUUUAUUUUAUUAUUUAGGGAAUUUUAUAUACCAACCCCAUCGCUUUUGUAGUGUAAUAAAAUUUAUAUUAUUAUUUUUAUUUCAAAUAAUUUCUCAAAAUUGAACUGUCAACGUGACAAGUGACAUUUUUUUGACAACUAAAUGUGCAUUUAUAUAGUUCUAUUUAUUUAUAGUCUACAUCAUUAAGUCUCCAUUCAUUAUAGUAAGCUCUUGUAUUUAUAUUUAGUUAUUAAAAAAAUGUUUUUAUGCAUUUGAUUACACUCUCUAGAUAAUAUGUUAAUGAAUUAUAUCAUAUAAGAAGCAAUAAUCGCACAUUUUAGAUAGUAACGAACCGUUUGUCCGUCAUUGUAUUUAUAAAUAUUGUAUUUUAUAUGUGUAAUAUUUUUUUUUUAGACUAAAACACCGAUACAACGACAAAAUAUGUUUAUUCCUAUAACCACCGAUAAUAAAAUGCUUGAGAUUUAAA